AUGCAACAAACAUCGCAAAUGAAGGACAACCCAAAUAUUUCUUCUAUGGAUAAUCAAUUAAAUAAUCGAGAAACUUCAAAUAAUGCCAAAAAAGCAGAGGAACAAAAACAGCAACAAGAAAUGAUGAAAAACACAAUUUUAUCUCAGGUUUUGGAUAAACAAGCAUUUUCUAGAUUGAGUAAUUUAUUUGUUGCUAAACCAGAAAAGAGUCAGGCUAUUGAAAAUAUGAUUGUUAAUAUGGCUAGGAUGGGACAAAUUCGAGGCAAAAUGACUGACGAAGAUUUGAAAAAACUUUUGGACCAAAUUGCUGUUAAAACAUCAAAAACUACAAAAGUUAAUUAUGAUCGAAGAAGGGCGGCCAUUGAUUCGGACGAUGAAGAUAAUUUAAUUGGUCGGGGAAAGAAAGGAAAUGGAGAAACUUCUUCAGACGAGGAUUAAA